AGAUCUCACCCGGCGUAGACGGUGGCUGGCUCCACUCACUGCCCUCCCGGCCUAUCUGAGCCCCCAGCAGCAUGUCCCAGGCUUUGAGGCUACCUCUAGUCCUCCACACAGCACACUACCAUGAUCAGAUGGGCUGCUGGAGGGAGUAAGGCUGCCUCGUCCUGGUCCAGGACUGACUUUGGGGCUUAUUCUUGCUCUAGGACCAACCCCUCCACGCUGUUUCCCUCGUGGUCUUUGCCUCUCCUACUAGCCCUGGUAGCUCUCACCUUCACCCUACCCGGAGCAGCCUGCCACCAGCUCAGGAGAGACAGGCCGAGGCUCACCGUACCGCGAACCUACAGGGCUACGUUGAACAAUUUCGAAAGUGAGGCCGCCUACAAGCCCAGGGCCACGGAGGGCCCCUUGGGUCGGACUGGAGGGCCGCAGGGAAGGCAUGUGCGCAGUUACAAUCAUUUGCAAGGGGACAUACGGAGGAGGAAGCUUUUCUCUUUCCAAAAGUUUUUUUUGAGAAUCGACAAGAGCGGAAGGGUCAAUGGAACCAAGAGCAAAGAUGACCCACUCAGUAUUUUGGAAGUCACAUCUGUGGACGUGGGGGUGGUGGCUAUCAAAGGGCUGCACAGUCACUACUAUCUGGCUAUCAGCAGGAGAGGAGAAUUGUACGGAGCAAGGGAGUUUGGCGUUGACUGCACACUGAAGGAGCGCAUCGAGGAGAACGGCUACAACACGUACGCCUCAGCUAAGUGGAAGAACAAGAAACGGCAGAUGUUUGUAGGUCUGAACAUCCACGGGAGGCCUGUGAGAGGGAAAAAAACACGCAGGAGGAACACAGCCACCCACUUCCUCCCAAUUAUGGCGUGAUGAGCCUGGGGAGUUAAGUUAAGGAGGUAAAAGGACAAAAUGUGGCUAAAUUGUCAAGAUUAAGACUUUGACUCACGAAAUAAGGGACUAACAGUGACAAACAAAUGAAGAUGGUAUAUUUUAUUUAAAGGAGCAAGGUAUGUCCUUGUUUGCCGUAGCACAGGAUACAAUAUUUAUCCUUUUCUGUGCCAAAAAGCUGGAGAUCAAUGGCGAAUAUAGAGGCAGAUGUAUGGGUAACCUUAUCAUUAAAUACUAGAGAACACAACACUUAACACCUGUGUUUUUUUCCCUUUAUUUCUACUGUAUGGAUGUAUUUAUUUUAUUACUAUUUAACUGAAGAGGAACACUCACAAGCAAUCCUUUGCGUUCUUUGUUUUUUUUUAUAGGAUCUCUAUCAUGUGAAAAUAAAAAUAACAAUUUUCUCCCACACGCCACAUGUGUUGUGUUUCCCUUGCACUCUCACUUGACGUCCACGUGUGUCCUUAUGACUAACC